AUCAAGAAUUUGAUGAUAAACUAUAAAAGUCUUGAAAAGUUUUGAAGGAAAGGUGUGUUAAAUACGAACUUAUAGUGAAAGUCAGUGAUUCACUCAGCACUGGUAGUCACUGGUAUUGAAUAAAGUUGUGCCUCGAAGAACAACCAUAAUUUGAAUAACUUUGAUCUUGAGACUCAUUGCUGUUGUGCUGUUGCCGUAAUACAAGGCCUCAGUUGCGCUGAUAUUACCGCAAAUUAGGUCACAGACUGACGUGCAGUGAAAGUGCCAGAGGAAGCACUGGUAUAGCAGUGGUUAGCAGUGGGAACAGUGACAACACUCAACACCACUCACAGCGAUGUUGUUAUUCUCCAAAGCCAAUACUAUGGAUAACAUUGACGACCCUGAGCUCCGUAUAGUAAAGCACCCGCGUUGGACUCCAUCACCUGUUGAUCUCACUAUAGCUAAUACUGUUCCCCCCGCCAGUGCGCUCAUCGCAUCACUCGGCGCCGCAUACUUUUGUUCGGGAUCACCAACCACUGCCAACUCUGGUUACCCUUUAAAUGGUAUUAUGGUCUCAGGACAGUCAUCUACCACAGCUGUACUGAGCAGUAGAAAGCAAAGGGAGUUCAUACCAGAGGCAAAAAAAGAUGAUUGCUAUUGGGAUCGUAGGAAACGUAAUAAUGAAGCCGCAAAAAGGUCUCGUGAGAAAAGAAGAAUAUCAGAUAUGGUUUUGGAGGCCCGGGUUCUGGAGCUGACCCGUGAAAACUCAGUGCUCAGAGCGGAACUCUAUGCCAUUAAAGAUAAAUUUUGUUUAUCGCAUACACAGACAUAUAUGGACUCGGAUUCGGUUUCAUUUUCCGAAUCGGGAGGAAGAGGUCGACGAAAUCGAUUGCUCUCUAAUAUAGUGUCGACACCUAAUCACAACAAUGAGCUCAACUCAAAUGGCAACUCUUCGACCAAUUAUUUAUCGACUUCUUCUUCGCCAACCUCGCAGUCGUCGUUGUCAUCAAAUGAGCCGUUGGUGUCGACACCUUCAAUGGUCCCAAAUCUAUCAUCGCAUACAUAUUCACCACCAAACACACAAACCAUGUGUUGCACACCCAAUGCUAACCCAAACUGUCCAAUAAGUCCGGUCAAUACGACUUCACUGCCUUUUAAAUUAAGACACAAAGCAGUUAGUCAUAAAACCCUCAGCACAGACAGUGAUUCCGGUAGCGAUACCUAUGCUAACGUUUUGACUGAUAUAACGCCUAACCACUGUGUUAUCAAUGGUAACAUCGUUUAUAAUGAGUCAGUCAAUGGUAAGACUUCUCUAAACGAUUCAAUGCUUAAGUCAGAGAAUUUUGCGUUAAGAAGUGAAUUACAAAGAUUGGCCACAGAAGUGGCUUCACUUAAGGAUGUUCUCGUCUAUAAUCCAUCAUCUAAUGGGUCGCUCAAAAAUAUGACAUCCGAUGACACUAUUCAUUCACAUGUCUAUCGUAAGGACAGACGCUCCGAAUCACCCGAUUUAAAGAUUGAGUCAAUAAAUACUAUCAACAAAUCAAGUAUAUUAUCAAACGGUACUCAAUCUCAUUAAAAGUGAUGGUAAUCGACAACUCUUUGAUACGAUAAUUGCUGACUAUUUU